AGCUCGCCCCUGACCACACGCCGACCUGGGCUGCACAUCAAGAUUUUGAUCAUGACUUGAUGCGCCUGGCAGCUUAGCUGUUGUAGCAUCUCAAGGUUUCGCCGCUUACUUGCUUGGUCUGGUUGGCUUCUUGGACCGCGAUCCUUGACGACAUGACGGGUUCUGCUGUGAACUUCUGAACUCUUAGCUUUUACGACAGCGUUUCCGCCUCAUUGGCUGUCUUAUCGUCAUUGCUGUCAUCAUGGGUCAAAAUACCGUAGUCCAAUUGACUUCGAUCUGUGCCGCGCUAUCGUUCUUUUACAUAUCCCAGUCGUUCGAGCGGCACUCUCUUACCGAAAGCCCCCGGCUAUCAUCAUUCCUUGUCUUCCUUCUGUCCGGCAGUAUUUGCUACGGUGUCAGCUGCUUCACCAAAUGGCUACCCGGCGCUGAUGGAAGAUUUACGGCGUCCCGGCGUGGCCACAACGCGCCUUUGCUUGAUGGCGCCGGCAAAGAGUUUCAUAAUGGGCAAAGCCCCUAUCUACCGAAGCGGCCGCGACGCCUUUCGCUUCCAGUGCUCGUGCUCUGCAUUGUUCUUCGUCUUGAGAUAUUCCAUCGUGUAAACUACCAGCAGCAAUGCUCGACCCCUGGUGUCGAGUCGUUCCUUUGCAUUGUACUGCUUGCCUACGAGAUCUUUGCAACUCGGCGCAAAUGGGGCUUCCCCUUGGCCGAUGAUCCGGAUGAUCCGUGGCGCAGUUGCUUCGAUGACAUGUAUGACUGGUUCAGCGGACCCAGAGUGGUCCUGACCAUUGCCGCCACCAGCGCCCUCAUGUUCACCAUGGGCACCUACUACUCUGUCGGCCAAGGCAUGCGGUCGACUUAUGUGUGCUUUGGUCCUCUCGAAAGCCGCCGGACGACCCUGCUCCUGCAGUGCCUGGGGCUCCUUUUCGAUGCCAUCAUCGUUGUCCUGCUUUGGCGGACGUUGGCGUGGUCAAGAACAACAAAACUUCGCUUAAGGACGCUUGGAACUAUUUUGGUCCUGUCAGCCGUCUCCAUGUCCCUUAUUUGGCUCGGCCACAGGCUUUUCACUGGCUCCAGUGUCCUACACCCCGGGUUUGGUUUCCUAUACGGCUUCGACAUCAUUGUUGAUAGCUUUGCAUUCGCUACUCUGAUGAUAUCUGCAACAUCUUGGGUCUGUGAGACCUCUCCCCUCACUCCAUCGAGCAUCAUCACGUGGCUUGUCGGGACGGUAACGGCGUGCGAUAACAUAUUCAGUUUCGGGGACUGGCUCCAUACUACACGCGCGGCUGCCGUAGUUCCGCUCUACUUCAUCGGCUCUGGAAUGAUUGUAUUCACUUACUGCCAAGAACUGCGCUCUGUAUUCUUCGUGCGGCGUCUCAUACUGACCGCACUCAUAUUCGGUCUCAUGGUUGGAACCACUGUCUUCAUCUUGAUUGAACAGCCGCAGAUAUUUGAGAAACGCCAUCCAAUUAAUGAUUUCGUCUUCAAGGCACGUGUCAGGCAGGACAAAUGGCUCACGCAUGCGACCAUCAGUGGCAGUCUUCCAGUCGCAGCCAAAAUUUACAAAGAGCGCCAUGGGGGAAGAGACCCGCCCCCUGGCUUUUCGGAUUGGUACGCGCAUGCUAAGGAUACUAUUAUCACCGACCACUUCGAUCAAAUUGAAAGUGAUGUGCGUCCUUUCAAGGCGUUUUCGCCGAAAAACUUGCGGAAGAGGAUUACUCAGGUAGCAAAUUUGCCUGGCAUUCAAACUAUUACGAUCAAGGACGGGAAAGCGUCAAGCUUUGCGUCAACAGGCAACAAAGGCUCAGAAGAGCUACAACUUCUUGUUGCCAUGAUCAACAAGUUCGCCCAGUCGCUGCCGGACAUGAUUCUACCCAUCAACCUUGGCUCUACCCCCCGUAUCCUUCCAUCGUGGGAGGUUGCGAAUGGACAGGGGCAUGCUGAUCUCGCCCCCAUUGCCAACCUAAUUUCACGAAGUUCGGAAAAGGGAUUGAAUGAGGCUGAAGUGUUAUCCGGCGCGAGAGACACCCCAGAUCUCACAGAGUUGCUGAAGCGGCCGUUGACAUCUGCAUCAGACUAUCGACAGAUGCAAAUCGAAGCGUGCCCUCCAGCAUCUCCGGCUCGGACCAAUCCCCACUGGAACAUUGGGAAAUUCUGCGCCUCCUGCAUCCGGCGACACUCUCGGGGCCCGUUGUUGGUAAACUGGGGUAGGGCUUUCGAGUUCUGUUCGCAGGCCGACAUGAAGUAUCUGCAUGGCAUGUACCUGGCAGCACCGCAAGCAGAGCCCAUCCGAGAUCUACUACCCCUUUUCGGGCCGUCGAAGACGGAGCCUUUCCAAGACAUCCUAAUCCCAAUUCCCAAGGCACACGAAGACGUGCCCGACUUGAAAUGGGAAUUCCGACGACGAUAUGAUACCCUCGUGUGGAGAGGCCAACUGCAAGACGGAGCAAUCAAUAGCCAGACCCUGCGAGGAAGCCCGCAGUUCCGACUACUCAACAUGAUUAACAAUCCCAAUCCAAAAGAUCAGGUCAACAUGGUGCUACCAGUUGAUGGAAGCCCAGACAAAUACAAAUACGAAAAGGUAUCGGCGUUUGAGGCAAACCGCGUGAUUCCAUUGAGCAUGGGGAUCAGCAAUUACUCAGGAUGUACAGGACCCAACUGUGAGCUUAUUAAGGAGGCUUAUGGUGAGCGGGAAGUACAAGAGCCACUUGAGUACCGCUAUGUUAUGGCAGUGGACGAAAACGACGGCCCACCGCCCGAGUUUCUACGGAUGCUACGGUCUCAGAGCGUUCCGUUCUUAACGACCAUGUUCCGAACAUGGUACACGGAGCGACUGAUGCCAUGGGUUCACUUUGUGCCAAUCGACCCGCGAUAUCAGGCACUGCACACGACUUUUUCGUACUUUACAGGCACAACGAAACGGGCCGAGGUGAACGGUCGGGACACCAAAAUGACACAACGGUCCAACGAUGCAAAGUGGAUUGCGUUGCAAGGAAAGAAAUGGGCGGAAAUGGUGCUGGGGGAGAAAGAUAUGGAGGUGUACCUAUUCAGGCUGCUCCUCGAGUGGGGGAGGCUGGUGGACGACAAGCGGGAUGAGAUUGGGUUCCGUACUGACAGCAAGGGGGACUAUCGAAAUGACAACUGGACGCAGAACCAGGAAUGGUGAUUUAGCUUAAUUAAAACAGUACAUAAAACGGUAACUUCAAUUUUAGUCCCAAGUUUAUAU